GCUCACUGCCAGUUGGUCAGGGGGCUCGUGAGUGCAGUUCGUUCUGUUGUCCAGGCGGCUGCGCGUGCUGCCGUGCUCGGCUGCAGUAUAUAAAGGCGGUCAGCGGUCAAAGCCCACACAGCCGCUCUCAGCGUUACGUGUUUUUUUUUUUUAAAUUUAUUAUCACGCCGGAGUAGUUAGACUCUCCUUUUCACCGCCGGCAUCCGCGUCCUCUCAGUACCCGGAGGAGAGGGGGUCCAGCGCGGCGUGACACCGCGAGGAGCGACCAGCAUGGACCCCCAAGCGAAGGAUCGCACCAGCCCGGCGGCGGGGGGCUUAAGCGGGCGCCCGGCCUCUCUCGGAGCUGACGGGGGUGACUCGGAGUCCGGAGCCUGCUCGGAGGAGGCUGCCGUGGGCUGCUGCAGCGACACGUUCAGUAGCCUGCCUGACAUGGAGCAAGAGACUCUGGAGGAGAAAUUAAGGGGACUGGCGUUCAGAAAACAGACGUCGUAUCGGAAAGCGAUCUCCCGCUCAGGCCUCCAUUACCUCGGCCCACCUCAGCCCUCGCUUCCUCCUGCGUCCAACGGCCCCACCAAGGAACUACGUACCUGUGUGGACUGGACGGAGAACGCAGUGAAUGGGGAUCACCUGUGGAUGGAGACGAGCUGCUCAGGAGAGCUCUGUUAUCUCGGAGAGGACACCUGCGUGCUAAAGACAGCUAAGUCGGCCCCCAGGAGGAAAUGUGCAGCCUGUAAGAUUGUUGUUCACACCGGCUGCAUGGAGCAACUAGAAAAGAUAAACUUCCGAUGUAAGCCGACUUUCAGAGAGGGAGGAUCCCGAACCCUGAGAGAUAACAUCCUCAGACACCACUGGGUUCACAGACGACGACAAGAGGGGAAAUGUAGACAGUGUGGAAAGAGUUUUCAGCAGAAGUUCUUCCACAGUAAAGAAAUCAUCGCCAUCAGUUGUUCGUGGUGUAAACAGGCCUUCCACAACAAGGUAACAUGUUUCAUGCUGCACCAGAUAGAGGAGCCGUGUUCACUGGGGGCCCACGCCGGAGUCAUAGUACCACCGUCCUGGAUCAUCAAAGUCAGGAAACCACAGAGCUCCCUAAAGAACUCUGCCAGAAGAAAAAAGCGGACAUCUUUCAAACGAAGGACAAGCAAGAAGGGAUUAGAUGAGUCUAAAUGGCGUCCGUUCAUGCUGAAGCCUCUCCCCUCUCCCCUCAUGAAGCCCAUCUUGGUUUUUGUGAAUCCAAAGAGCGGCGGCAACCAGGGUGCCAAAGUGUUACAGAUGUUUAUGUGGAUCUUGAAUCCUCGUCAAGUCUUCGACCUUUCGCAGGGUGGACUGCGCGAGGCGUUGGAGUUGUAUCGCAAAGUGCCAAAUCUGAGGAUCCUUGCCUGCGGAGGAGAUGGCACGGUGGGUUGGAUCCUGUCUGCUCUCGAUGAGCUGCAGAUGAAUCCCCAGCCUCCGGUCGCUGUGCUUCCUCUGGGAACAGGAAAUGACCUCGCCAGGACGCUCAACUGGGGUGGGGGCUACACGGAUGAACCAGUGUCCAAGGUUUUGUGUCAUGUGGAGGACGGUUCGGUGGUGCAGCUGGACAGGUGGAACCUCUUAGUAGAAAAGAGCUCUGCCCAGCCAGAGGAGGGCACACAGAAGCUGCCCUUGAACGUGUUCAACAACUACUUCAGCCUUGGCUUCGACGCGCACGUCACCCUGGAGUUCCACGAGUCCAGAGAGGCCAACCCAGAAAAGUUUAACAGUCGCUUCCGCAACAAGAUGUUCUAUGCAGGAUGUGAUGGCACAGAUCUCACUCCCAAGAUCCAGGAGCUGAAGUUCCAGUGCAUAGUGUUUCUAAACAUUCCCAGAUACUGUGCCGGCACCAUGCCAUGGGGAAACACGGGAGACCAUCGAGACUUUGAACCUCAGCGGCAUGACGACGGCUGCAUCGAGGUUAUCGGCUUCACCAUGGCCUCGCUGGCAGCGCUGCAGGUUGGAGGUCACGGAGAGAGACUUCACCAGUGCAGAGAGGUCAUCCUCACUACCUACAAGACUGUACCUGUUCAGGUGGACGGCGAGCCAUGCCGACUGGCUCCAUCCACUCUCCGCAUCUCUCUUCGAAAUCAGGCCAACAUGGUCCAGAAGAGCAAGAGACGCACCUCUGUGCCCCUGCUCAACGAUAUUCAGAAGGUGUGUGCAGCUGAUCUGCGCCGCCUCUCUGCUCCCCCCGACUCCUUCUCUGUUCCUCACGCAGUUCCAGAUCGUCUGCGUCUUCGAGUGAACCGGAUCAGCCUCCAGGAGUACGACAGGCUGCAGUAUGACAAGGAGCGGCUACGAGACAUAUCCAUCCCUGUUGGCAUAGUGGUGGUGAGGGGGGACUGUGACCUGGAGACCUGCAGACUUUAUAUUGACAGAUUACAAGAGGAUUUACACCAGGCACCAUCUACUGGCCACAGAGUGCACUACCAGGAUGAAAGCAGAGGUGUCCCCCGGACCAGUUCAACCAGCAGACUGUCUCCCAACUGGAGCUUCUUGGAUUCCACGUCAGCCGACCGCUUCUAUCGCAUCGACAAGGCUCAGGAGCAUCUGCAUUUCGUGACAGAAAUCUGUCAGGAUGAAGUGUUCAUCCUGGACCACGAAGCUCCAGUGGUGAGCCAGGGCUCGUCCGCGGGGAUGCCUGAUCUGGUGGUGGAGCCCACUGCCGGCGCUCCGUUGACAUCAGACGAACAAGCUCUGCUGACAGCUGCAAGUUCUGGGGACCUCUCCACGCUCUCACAGUGUGUGGAUCGAGGCGUCAAUUUGUUGGUCCGAGACUCUGGGGGUUGUUCAGCGUUGCAUUUAGCUGCUCAGAGCGGACACGCAGACCUGGUCCGCUACAUACUGCAGCAAGGCUCCAAGGUUCUUCUGGAUUUAACAGACACAGAGAGAGGUGACACUGCAUUGCACAAAGCAGCAUCAGGGAAGCAGCACGCAGUGUGUCGACUACUGGUCGAGGGCGGGGCGUCACUAGAGAAGACCAACUUCCAGGGGAAGACGCCGGCAGACCAAGCCGAUGGAGACGCUGAGCUCGCCGCCUACCUGAGCUCAUCGUCUGCAAGCCACGAAGACCUGGAGACGGCCGUGUGAUCGCGAACACGCUCGCGCACUCUGUGUCGCUCUGGACUCUGCGCGCUCGACGUGGAGAGGAAAACGUUUGGAUUCGACUCUUCGGGCGGAGAAGUUGGAGACGAGCUAGAAGAGAUGAACUGCUUCAGCUGGCAGCAGCACUGCAGAGGAGAUUUUACUGGUCUACUAUUUAUUUGUAUUUAUUUAUUCAUAUUCUAUUUAUUGGUUGUGCCGAUUGAGUGAAUGACUGAUCGUAGGACUAUCAGGAUGCAAGUGCAAUUGGACCAGCCGUCACACGUCGUGAGUUCACCUGUUUCUCAUCUUAUAAGGGAUUCAUGCAUAUUUUACUCCCUGAGACUUCUGCAGUGGUUUAAAGUGUAUAAAGUGUCAUUUCAGCGCUCGUAGGAACAGUAAAAGUUUUUGUUUGUCCCUUAAAACUUGUGCCAAAGACAUUGCACUAGCGUAAUGUCACAUCUCAUCCCAAAUUUCAGUCAUUUUCCCAUCAUCUGUCACAUAGUUUGAUUUCCACGCCUUCCCUAAACUUUCUUACUCCCAUGUCAUUAAAUAUGCAACGCUAGCGUUUGCAAUCACGUGCUGCCCGCUAAGUCACACAUCACAAAAUAAAACAAACAAAACAAACAUAUCCUCCCCGGGUGCGCUCGUCCUGAAGUGCUUGUAAUGUUUUCCGCUUUUGGCUUCUUGCGAGUCCCGACUCGACUUAUCCUAUCGGAGUCGUUGCUUCGCCGUGACUCAUAAAAAUGACAAAACGCUUGUCAGCUUUCUGACUCUUUCAAGCAGCUGAUUACUUCCAGGAACACUCAGUGGACUAAAUGUGUCACAUUUUUUACAGACAAAACCAUGAUUCAGAGCUACGUGUACAGAUGAGUUUUUAAAAGGUUUUUUAAAAUGAGGAUCUGCUCUUGCCCACUUUUAACAUUUAUUUUCAUUUUAUGUCUGCGUCACUGCAUCAUUUCUCCAACGUCUUGGCAUGUGCUGGAGUCUGAGAGGUUCACAAAGAGAUCUUUAAACUAAAGCUGCGAUUGAGUUAUUCGCAUGUUUAAAAAUUUAUUGUGGCAAACAUGAUGGAGGGACUUUAUGUUCCCCACAGCAGCCACACACAAAAAAAUACACAAGCUGAUAUUAGACGAGUGUAAAUGUGAUAAAGCCAGACAAAGAGCAAAAUAUCAGUGUUUCUCAGUGGUAGAAGCUACAAGUAUUUAGCUCUGUUUGCACUGUCAGUAAACCACAACAAUUCAAAACAUGGACACAGUUUGGCAUAGAAAAAAAUCAAACCUGCAUGAACUGUGAAAGCUUUGAACUUUUCUCACAAACUUCUUUUAACUGCAGCUUUUUCUCCAAGUACAAACAACACACGGAACAAGUGACCGAGUGGGAUCAUUUAUGACUCCAGUCAUAUCUGUGUAUGUGCUGCUGUGACAUUUUUAUAACCAAUUAUGACUCGGAUUGUAUAACAUUUAAUAGAAUUGUAAUUAAAUAUGUCUGUUUUUUAGCAUUAUAAGCUUUGAUUUUACUGGAAAUGACCAUUUCUAAUCACUACAUUGUAGAAAGGCAUGUACGCUAUAUGGACCAAACAUAAGCUGCUCAGCCAUGCAGCUGAAAAACUCUGUUAUAUUGGGACAUUAUACACAUAAAAGAAACAUUAUGAAAUCAUAAGUGAUCCCACCUGGUUGUUUCAGUAGCUAAAAUCUCUUGUAGAUAACAAAAAGCAGCAUUUUUUGGCUCUUUCUGGGAUCCCAGAGAGUACAAAAAUAACGGAAUAAUCACAACACGUUUCAGGAACCAUGAGCUCAUUAGCUGAUGGAAAAUAAAUCACAUUUGUGUCAUAGAAAUGCCUAAAAUGUGCCGAUCUCUGUCACAUUUGUGGAUAUGUGCUUGUUUUCUUUGUCAUAUUUCUAAUAUUUUGCUUGUCUUGGUGAGAUAAAGGUGAUAAAUGUUUUGCUCUGGGAGCCGUUUUGUGAAAUUUCUCAGUCGAAACAAAAAACCCCCAAAAAACCCUCAUAUUGCAGAACAACACGGGACUCUUUUUGGGGACAAAAUUAGCGCUGAACCAUCAAACCAGUGACCAUACCAAGUGAUAGUGAGAGGGGACCAGUAUUAGCCCAGUAUGGAAGGAAUGACGCUAACCCAAGGUUCCUGCCGUUUGCGUUUGAAUUCAUUUUUGGACGAUAGACCAGAGUCUGUUUAAAAAAUGGGAGAUUUAAAGUAUUUUUAUUGCAAUGUUUCUUUCAAACUAAGAUUUUAACUUUUCACAGUCCGAUAGUGUGUAUCUGGUACUCCUGGUGUGUGUGUGUGUGUGUGUGUGUGUGUGUGUGUUUAUG